UCGCCUUCGGCUCCGGUAUCGGACAUUAGAGGACACCCGAAGUGCGCACUAUUUGGAAUCCAGGCGAUGGAUUCCGCAGCGGCCGAGGCUCCGAAUGCAAGUCAAAGAGGAGACUGCUACGUGGCUAGAGAUGCGUUUUACUCGUGCAUGCUCAAGAACAGCGAGAAGGUCGAAGCCUGCAAAAGAGAAGGGAAGGAAUUUCACAGCAAAUGUUUACCUUCAUGGGUGAAACAUUUUGAUAAGAGAAGGGUGUAUGAGAACUAUAAAAAGAAAUUGGAGGAGGCUGGAUAUCAGCCGUUGUCAGGAAACUUCGAGAAAACAGAGUGAGAUGUGGACACAGAUUUUUAUAUUCCAGAUUUUUUCUCCAAAUUAUCAUCACGUUCAAUUAUAAACCGGAGAUUCCAUGUACCGGACAGACGACCAAAACGAC